AUGGCUAAAAAGGCUGGGUAUAUGGUGAGUCUCAAAAUGGACAAGCUGAAAAGGGGUUCUGGAAUCAGGAGAAAUACCUUGGUUAAGCAAACAGGAACCAUGCCUCUGGGGCAACCAGCCCCAGCUCCUUCUGUGUCCGCAGCACCCAGCUGAGCAGAACUGGCAACCACUGCACAAAUGGCUACUUGGGCAUGAGCAGACAAACAGGCAGACCAGAUCCAAUAGGAUAAGAUCUGAGAGUCUAUGGAGGCUGGACAGAGAGGAAGAAGAAUCUGCUACCAGAACUGGAGUUUCCUAAAGGACCAUGAACAAAUAGAGAGGAGCAGAAGCCACUGCCAAGUGCCAAGCUAUAUGUGUGUCUUCUCAAGCAAAGUUCCCAACUCAACCAACUAAACUAGCAGCCAAAUGAAUACUGAGCUUGGCAGGGCUCUGGUAAAUAUGAUCUUCAGCAGUGCUGCACGAAACAGGAAACUUGAGAGUGAGCUCCAGCUUUCUUAG